CCUCGCACGUCCUUAAACAUCUCCGCACCGAGCAGGACUCACUUGUGAGCGCACAGCAGAAGUGUGCACAUUGUGGCAACACCUUUUUUUUUCUUCUUCCUCGUGCCGCACUCCACUCACAUGGGCUGUGGAAAAACAGAAUUAUUCACACUGCAUUUAAAUGUCACAAUAGCAACUUGAGGACUACUUUUUAUUUUAAGUUUUUUCUGCAUGCAGACAGGAUGUUGUAAUCCGAGUGAGAAAGAUCGUCACCAUGGACUGGAUAUUCCCAUCCUCCCCUCCGAACAUGUCGGACCACCUCAUGUACGACAGCUUCGUGCCGGCGAACGACUCGGACCCACAGAGGAACGACACGGACCAGAGCUUCAACAAAACAAGCACGGUGGUCAUUACCUGCAUGUACUUCCUGGUGUGCACCAUGGGUCUGUGCGGGAACGCCCUGGUCAUCUACGUCAUCCUGCGUUACGCCAAGAUGAAGACGGUCACCAACAUCUACAUCCUCAACUUGGCGGUGGCCGACGUUCUCUUCAUGCUGGGCCUGCCCUUCAUCGCCAUCCAGCUGGCUUUGGUCCACUGGCCGUUCGGCCCGGUGCUGUGCAGGGUGGUGAUGACCGUCGACUCGCUCAACCAGUUCACGUCCAUCUUCUGCCUGAUGGUGAUGAGCAUCGACCGCUACCUGGCCGUGGUGCACCCCAUCCGCUCCACCAAGUGGCGCAAGCCCCGCAUGGCGAAGACCAUCAACCUUGCCGUGUGGGGCGUGUCUCUGCUCGUUAACCUGCCCAUCGUCAUCUACAGCGGCGUCAUCACCAAACACGACGGUUGCUUCUGCACCAUCGUGUGGCCCGAACCUCAGGAGGCCUACUACACAGCUUUCAUGUUCUACACCUUCAUCCUGGGCUUCUUCCUGCCCCUGCUGGUCAUCUGCCUCUGCUACCUCUUCAUCAUCAUCAAGGUGAAGUCUUCGGGGAUCCGCGUCAGCUCCUCCUCCAAAAGGCGCCGUUCGGAGCGGAAGGUCACCCGCAUGGUGUCCAUCGUGGUUGCCGUGUUCGUCUUCUGCUGGCUGCCCUUCUACGUCUUCAACGUGACGUCGGUGACGGGCACCAUCAGCACCACGCCGGUGCUCCGCAGCACCUUCGCUUUCGUGGUGGUCCUGGGUUACGCCAACAGCUGCGCCAACCCUAUACUCUACGCUUUCCUGUCGGAGAACUUCAAGAAGAGCUUCCAGAACGUGCUGCGUCUCAAGAAGGUGGGCGGCUUGGAUGAAGCGGAGCGCAGCGACAGCCGGCAGGACAAGUCACGCAUGAUGGCCGACCCCACGGAAACGCAAAGCACGCUCCUGAACGGGGACCUGCAGACCAGCAUCUGAGAGAUCUAGGAUACUUUAACAUGGGAGUACAGAGGAUCGAACCAGCAACCACUGAACGAAGAACCUUCUCCAUUGUUUUUUGUUGUUAGCAAGGUACUACUUGAAGUAGAGCCGGGUAGUGCGCGGUGGAAACACAAGAUAUAAGUACUGCAUUAGAGUAGUACCCACCUCAUUGGUGGACACAAACUGACACCAUGCAAAUAUUUGCUGUAUAAAUAAAACGCGGACCGUUUCCCCUGAGUGUACUGACGUGAGAAAAUAAUCAGCGCACACUUCCAUUGGAUUAUUUGCAGUAAAUCACGUUACCAUAGUGGAGUGUCAACAGGACUUAUAAACUCUAUUUCAAAGUCCAAUCUCUCUCUUUUUUUUUUUUUCAUAUUUUGGUUGCAGAAGGAAAGACUUAUUGAGACGUCUGAGUUCCCGUCCUGUGGGGCUUCAUGAAUUUUAGUGUUAUUUACUUCGGUGUGCUUUGUGAUGUAGCAGGAAGUAAUGUGCCCCGGUACAAAUCAUCUCACUUGGAUCCAUUUGACAUUCUUAUUUGCAUGUGGCAUCUGCAAGAACAAGUAGGAGUUCAUAGAAAAAUACAAUGGAAUUAUUUUUUUAUGUAAAAAAAAUUAAGAAAUAAAUUAAGGGGGCAUGAAUUACUGAAAUGUUAGAAUUAAAUAUUUAAAAAAUGUGUAAAUGUUAAAAAAAAUACAGUUACUGUCCGUCAUGUAAUCUCUUGCAAGUUUGCACAUGAAAUGUCACAGCUUUGCCCCUCCCCCCAAUUAUAUUAAAUCAUUGUUUUGUGGUUGUACUAAUAUAUGUAGCAUUUUUUUUAUUAAUAUUUAUUAACUUUAUUUUUUAAUACAUCCGUUAUGAUUUACUUACAAUUAUUCAUUAUAAAUAAAUUUAUUAUUUUUUAUUUAAUUUAUUAAAACAUUAAAUAUUAUUAUAUUAUUAUUAAAUAUUGUAUUAAUUUUUUAAUAAAAUUACUUCAUUUUAUGAAUUAAUUUAAAUUUAAAAAAUUGUAGUAAAAAUACAAUUAUUGAAACUGUAUAUUCAUUAUAAAUAAAUUUAUUAUUUUUUAUUUAAUUUAUUAAAACAUAAAAUAUUAUUAUAUUAUUAAAUAUUGUAUUAUUUUUUUUAUUAUUUUUAAUUUUAUUAAUUAAUUAAAAUAAAAAAUAAUAAAAAUACAAUUAUUCAAACUAAUAAAUUUAAUUAUUUUCAUUAAAGCUAAUGGUAUUUUUCAAGCAUAAAAAGGCUAAAUGGAGUGGACUAGAAAUAUAAAACCAACAGAAGACACAUUUGGAGACGUUGUGGCAAUAUGUAGUAUUCUAAAAUGGUCCCUAGGUGUCAGUAAUGUUACAUUGAUGAGAGAACUAUUGAAGUAAAAAAAAAAAAAAAGAGUUUACGUCUAAGAAUGAAUGUGAGUGUGAAUGGUUGUUUGUCUAUAUGUACCCUGUGAUUGGCUGGCAACCAGUCCAGGGUGUACCUGCCUCUUGCCCGAAGUCAGCUGGGAUAGGCUCCAGCAUACCCCCGCGUCUACUAUAUUGGAUAAUAGGAGUAUACAGGUGACUAUAGGGGUGUUAUUUCAUGAAUAGAGGACUCUAAUAUUGAGAAAAUGGCAAAUAGGUUGUCUAUGCUCUGUAUUUAUUAGUGUAUUUAUUUAUUUUAUUUUUAUGUUUUUUUUUUGGGGGGGGGGGGUGUACUAGCGCUUUGUGUCCAAGUAUUUUCAACAUUUAUGCUGUACAAUAGCCCACAGUGUAAAUAUCCUGCUUUGUUUGGGGGGUACCAUACUUUGAACCAAAGCGCUGCUAUGAAGCAUUUUUCUACAUGAGCGGAAUGACACUGUCAAUUGAAUAAUGCAUGUUCUAAUGAGUCGCCUUUGUUUUCCUUUUCAAGAAUGAUUAAAUACGCCUGCAUGAAUUCAAUGUGUAAAAAAAAGCAUUUGUGAACAUAAAAGUCAAUGAAGAUGA